AUGUCGAGAGGAUACAGUGAAGCUGCGACUCCGUGUCCCGCUGGAUGGAGAAGAGGCAGCAAAUCGCCGUUCUCCGGUAGCGGCAAGAAUCUUAGCGAUUUCGACAAGGAAUUUGGACUUUCCGAUGGUGACACCGCUGCAAUCGAUUUUACGAAGGACUUUCAUGCUCCUUUAACGAGAGUUAAGCCAAGGAAGGCGGGGAAAGCAAAAGCAUUUGAUAUUCACGCGGAUGAGCUGGGGAGUUUGGGGCCUGCGUUGGAAAAGAGAGUGGAAUCAAGUCGGUAUCCAAGGGUCAGGCCUGCGGCCAAAGGCUCUUCAAUGUUAUCGCAGCCAGCACAGAGAUUCCAGCGACCCCGAGUGAGCUUCUCCGUCGCAGCAUCUCCUAAAGUCGACGAAUUUACACCUCCACAAAAUCCCCCUCAGUCGCACAAUUCAGCCGUUAUAAAUGAACGCAGCGAAAUGGCAAAAGAGCAGCGGCUGCCAGUCGCUGCUGACCCUCUGAAAAAGUUAACAAGGCGAAGGACGAUUUACAUUCCUUCUGAAGACACAACUGUUCCCUCCGUCUUUAUGGGUAUCUUCAGUCCUGUCAAAUCUUUAAAGGUCCACGAAGGAAAUAAAAACGCCAUUAAAGAUUCCGAAAUAGGAAGCUUGGAAUCCAGAAUUGCUCGAAAGCAGCCGGCAAGAGAGUCAUUCGCAAUCGCCCCCCGGCGGGCACCCCUUCAACCGUCACGGAAGCCUCCACAGGAACCAAGCAUAAAACAUGAUAUCCCAGGUCAGAAUGGUGGGAAGGAGAAUAUACCUCCAGGAGGAUUGAUUGUCUAUGAUAUCAAAUCUGGGAAAUCUGAAGGAGCAUAUUUUCCUAUUUUCGAUGUUCCACUCGUUGAAAAACGGAAGAGUGUACCUGUCGCGGAACCAACAAAAAGAGCUUCAUCUGCUGUUAAUCCAGCAGCGAGAGCGAAGCUUGAAAUCAAGGGAAAUCCUCUAUCCGCGAACAGGAAGGUACUUGGAAAUAAAGCAAACGUGGUCCCAAACCCUAAAUUGCGUCCCCGCGAGGAAAACGUCCUGGCUCCAAAGAGCACAGUAUUUAAGACUCGCCAGACUCAAGGCCCAAAGGUAUCAUCCUCUCCUCCAAUUCCUAAGCCACGGGUGACGAGAAGGCCGGCAGCGAAACUUCUGGUUCCCAACAUACCUUCGUUAACAAUUGAGGAGAAAUACCCCCUCCUCAGCGAAGACAUCUCCAAUCCGGCAAUGUAUGAGGAAAAUUGGCUUGCACAUCAAGAGGUAGCUAUCACUCAACUCGUGAAUGGGCUCUUCGAUUCCGCGCGAGGCACCUCAGGCCUAUAUGACAGUGAUACCCUUAGACACGAGCUUUUGGAAAUAUACCAAGAAGCAUCCUUCUCCUUGCUGUAUAAACGUGUCCAGGCGUCUCUUCUCUAUGGUGCACUAGGCAUACCCAAGGACGUUUUGGCUCGCGGAAACUGUUUAAAAGAGGACAUUGGACGGAAGCGCUCUUUUCUGAACCUUUGGAUAGAAACAUAUGAUCUCUUCGCGCUUCGAGCCGCGGCAGAAACUGUGAUAGGGCGGAAAAUACCUGUCCCAAAUAGAUCUGCCAGACCCAGUAAUUCCGCGGCCUCUCCUCCACAAAGUGAGGAAAGACAAUUUCGUCGUACAUUAGAAUCAUUUUUGGAAACAUUCAUUCUACGAAAUGAGGAUUCCGGAACAGGUUUUGCUGGUCUGGAUGGGGAGGACGUUGGCACACCUGGGUGGUCUUAUCGCAGAACUCUCUUGCGCAGCAUUAUGAUGGUAGUGCUCCUAGACAAAGCAAGCCAAAUUUCAAAGACCACAUUGCCUCGAUGUUUGUUCAAUCCAUCGUCAAAAUAUAAGUCGUCAGCAGCGGUUCUUCAGGCACUGGGAACAAUGCUUCUUCCAGCAGUUGGUGACAUCACUCGGCCGCUGAAUCACCUCGACUGCCAGGUGGACUACAAACAGAAUCCUCUACAAGAAUACGAUUACCACAUUAACAACCUUGCUAUCGAUCUUCGAGAUGGCAUUCUUCUUACCAGGCUUGUCGAACUACUUCUGUAUCCUUCUGCGUCGACCCUGCUCUCUCAACAGGAGGGCUCUGAUUCUGCCACUAUAACAAUGCCAACGGGAGAAAUUCUAUCCUUAUUGCAAGGAGAGGAAGACUGGAUACUCUCGCAACAUCUAAAGAUACCAUGCAUUAGUAGAGCAACGAAACUGUUCAACGUGCAAAUAGCGUUAAGUGCUCUGCUAGGCGUUCAAGGCAUUGGUGUCAUUGUCAAAGACAUCCGUGCAGAGGAUAUCGUUGACGGGUACCGCGAAAAAACCAUAGCGCUGCUGUGGGGCCUUGUUGGGAAAUGGGGUCUGUCUGUGUUGGUUGACUGGGACGAUGUGAGAAAGGAAAUCCGGCGAUUGAAAAAGAAACUAGAAAGUCGGGAUGAUAGUCAAACUGAAGACGGUGUAGAUGAUGAUGAAGAGACCGAGGAGGAUUUCGAUGCAGGAUAUGAGCGGCACUCAUUCCUGCUCAAAAAAUGGGCUUCUCAUCUUGCCCAUCUAAAGAGCAUUCGACUUGAUAACUUGACGACAAGUUUUGCCGACGGACGGAUUUUCGAGAGCAUUGUGGAUGAAUAUGAGGGGUACAUAGUUGGACACGAGAAAACGUUGAGUGGUUCGGGAAGUUUGGACUCGAGGCUGCGAUAUUUGGGUUGUAGCAGCCAAUUCGCCUCACUUGUAGCUCCAAUGUCCUCAUCACCAUUGUCCGCAACAUCACCUCAUUUUUUCGAUCGAGAUUUCACUCUCGCAGCUCUCGCGUUUCUUUGCUGCAGGCUUCUGUCUGCCUCGAAAAAGGCACGAGCUGCGGUCAUUAUUCAGUCUGCCUGGAGGCGCAUAUACACACAACGACAACAUCAGAAACACGUCCUCGCUAAAGGAAUUGCAACGGAGUGUAUGGCCGCUGUUCAAGAGCGGGAAAAGCUGAAAUGGGCGAAAAGGGAUUAUUAUUCGCUGGUGGAGAAUCUCCCUACAGAUAAGGAGGUGUCUCGAAAUGGGAGUGCCAGGGUCGCUUUUGCGGAGGAUAUUGAUAGUGAGAAUUGUCAACAGGGGCAGUAG